CCGAUUAUCGCGUUUCUGUUUCAGUGCUCGCUAGCUGCCGAGGUGAAGAGUGCGGACACGAGGAGCUGGUGAGGUGCGCCAGGCCCCUCGAGAGAAUCAGCAACAGCGACCUGAGUUUCGCUACGAAAAAGGAGGAUAUCAACAAACUAUGCCCGGAUCUCGAGGCAGGUAUGAAAUGCAUCAAAAGGUACACAAUAAAUUGCAUGAAGGAGAAGCAACGAGAGCACUUCAACUCUCUUUACACCGGUACCAACAUGGCCAUCAUGGAGCUUUGCCAAGACGGACCGUACCAGGACGAAUUCUUGAAGCACGCGCCGUGCAUGCAAAAAUCCAAAGCCGAGUACGAGCUGUGUUACAAGUCGUAUCAGAAGACGACUCAAGAAAUAACGGCCAACCGCUCAUUGGGACAUCAAAAUCUCAAGUCCCUUUGCUGCGCCUUCCAGGAAUACUUGGAAUGCUCUCAUCAUACGGUGCGCCGUCAGUGUGGCGAUGAUACAGCGCGAUUCGCGAAGGAAUUCCUCGACAGAAUGUCAAGCUCGCUGCUAAAGGCGCACUGUGCGCCCUACACGGAAUGUGCCGUGUACAGCGGUACCUCGACGCUAAAUCUUUCCGCCAUUAUUCCAAUGACGCUUAUUCUCCUUAUGAGGUACUUCACGUAAUUGGUCUCAGCCAAGAUCAUUUUUUAUCUUCGAAAGAUAGAAAAUGGGAAAACGAGAGAGUGGGAGGGACACGCAGAGAAAGAGAAUCGAAGAAGAAUGGGAAGAUAAGGAGGGAGAGAUGCUCCUAGAACACGGGGAGUAGAAGAAGAAAGCCCAUUCGGCUUUUAUCACGCUUUGCUUCAGAGAGAAUAUAUUCCUUAUUUUCGAAGAGGUCUCGGGAAAAGACCGAAGGAGAGGCCGAAGCGAUCAAAGGAGAAGAAAGGGGAACGUCAGGGCAAAAGGGAAUAUCCGAGGGAGAAGAGGAGAGAAGAAGUAGAAGGCAUUUCUUUCUCCGGAAAGAAUAUAUUUUUCAUUUGCGAGAUGAUGCGAGAGAUCGCAAUAAUCACGAUUACGGAAGCAAGCAACGAGAGAUUUGAGUAUUAAGAAUCUGUAGUGACGGAUGGAAGAAGAGGAAGAGAGAGAGAGAGAGAGAGAGGGAAAGAGGAUACUUCAGGAAUACGUUAUGAAAGAGCGGAAGGAAAAGGAAGCGGGAUCGUAGAAGAGGAUUAUUUCAGGGCGACUCUCUUCUUCCACGCACGUCACGAAGAUAUCGCGAUUCGAAUGAUAAAGAGCCGAUCGUGACGCGAUGUAUAUCGGAGGGAGAGUCUCUUCAGUCGAUCGUUGAAUACGAUCUGCUAGUCCGUAUUACGAUACCGCCACGCAAGACUGACUCGAUUUUUGCGCGGUUCUGUCGCGAGAGAUGAGAACGAGAUAAAAAAAAAAUACUCCUUACAUUAAUCGGCGAGGUCCUUCGCGGAUUGUCCUUUAGGAACGGUCGCGUGUGUGCUAUUCUGACACGAAGUAGAAUCUCCGAUCCUCGAGAAACACAUGGUACGUCGGGAUGAAGUCGGGGAAAAAGACGGCAAAGGUAAGACACUUAUAGCGAGAAGAAGGUAAGCGUGUCUUCCUUCGGCACGUUUUCGCCUCGAUUUCGAAAAAGGGCGCUCGUGCGGAACGAACGAACUACCGUCGCCCCGAAAUCAAUUUCAUCGAAUAAUCGCGAUCUAUCGAUUCGCGCGAUGAGGAGGAGAAGGAAGAACUCGCCGAGGAGAUUCUAAGUGGAGCAAAGAAUUUCUGCUCGAUCGGAGGACAGCAGAUAAAAUCGCGGUGCGUUUCUUUCCUGCGCGCGAGAAACAGAGAGAGAGAGAGAGAGAGAGAGAGAAAAAGAGAGAAAGAGGGGAGGGGGCGAGCGUGUUUCGUUAGAAAGUGCGAUCGCCGCGAGUCGAUUCGUCGCCGAAAGUUAAAGGGAUACUGAAAUUGACGCGCCGAAGUUACCGCGACUCAUCCAGAAUGAGAGUUUUCGAGAGAGGAUCGAUACAAUCAACUUUCCCUCGAAAUAACAACGAGCCGAUAGGUAACGAAGCCUCGAGUUAGGUACAUACGUCAAACUAAUUUUUCACGGAUUAUAUCAUACGACUGCCGCACUAUAUCGGGGGCCACGUACUUUCAAUAUUUGCGAAAUGAGCGAGAUCCGAAAGUUUGAAGAGCUUUUUAAUUUUGUCGUCAUAUAAUGUGGCUUUUAAAAAAGUUUUAAAAUUCCGUCUCAUCAAGAUGUGCAUAGAAUCAUAGGAAAUUUUUGAGAAUAAUAAUAUGGAAAUAAUUAGGACGGUAGAAGGAAUCCUUGGAUAAAAAUCUCGCAAGUAAUACUCACGCGUAAACAUAACAUUUGCGAAGAACGCUGGUCGUAAAAGUGGAACAAAUGGUACGCGAUGGAUUUGUAAAGGUGGCCACGGGUGUCGGCCACUUGCGUUGGAUUUCACAUGUCCGUUCGAGGCAUGCCGGUUUGUACAAAUUCAACAUGUCACACGGAAUCCUAGCUAGAAAUGGGAUGCGGAUGAGUCUAUAUUUUUCUGAGAUCUGAUGUAGUGUUGUACCGUGUUAUCUAUAAAAGACACACGCGCACGAUCGCGAUUGUACUCGCUGCACAAACGAUAGUAUUAGCACUUGCAUUGUCGUGUCUUAAUUAUUAAGUAGAUGGAAAGCAUGACUGUAAAGAUGACGAUGAAAAGGUGUGUGUGGCCAUAUUUUCACGUCGAAUCGAUUUUCGGUGUCUGUCGCUCGGACAUCCACAUCGUCAUUCAAGUAUGUUGUAUAUUAUGUGUUUAGAUAAAUUUUAUUGAAACAAAGUUUAUUUAUGUGUUAGAGAGAUAUAUUUCGAGAGAAGGCACACUGUUUCGAACGUUUCAAAUGUUUAAAAUUAUGUUCCGAAAAAAGGCCGGUGAAAGGUAGCGCUCGCUUAUUUUUUCUUUCUUUACUUAAGAAAACUCAAUUUUGCAACGAGAAGAUAAUUCGAAUAACUGAAAACUUUUGCGGCAUGUCUGUUACAUUAUGGUCCAUGUAAAUAACUAAUUGUAACCAAUUGUUUGGUUUGUGAGUUAUUAUAAAAUCCAUAUGAGAAAGUCACGGCAUUUAAUCAAACGUGUCCCAUUCAUGCAAUUAUCGAUAUUUCUCUAUUAUCCUGCGCGCCGUGCCAUUCGGAAUAUAAUGCAGAUUAAUAAUCUAGAAAUUGAAUUCCCUUCAACAGGGGGUACGUUUAUCGAUAGCCUCACCUCUAUAUGUGUGUAUAAUACGUACUCGGUGUCGACAUCAUUUGUAAUUUAUCAUUUCCUAGAGAAUUCGCGUUUUAACGGCGCAAUGUUAAAACAAACGGCAAAUUUUCCGCGAAAUAGGAGAUAUGUACGUUUCUAUUUUUUUUUUGUUUUCCGAGAGUCGUGUAGCCUCCCGUUUUAUCGGGGGGAGACCGUGGUAUGCGUGAACAGAAAUAUUUAUUUGUAAUAUAUAGUUAAUUAAGGAAGCAUUGUAAAUAUCAUUGAGCUGUCGAGCUUAAGAGAAUGUAAGAUAACUUAAAUACAUUCGCAAUAAAAUCCAUUAUAUUUUUAUUUAAGAAAAAAAA